AUGGCGACCUCCGUGGACGCGAAGCUGUUGAAAUCGACGAAGUUCCCUCCUGAAUUCAGCCAGAAGGUUGACAUGCAGAAGGUGAACGCGGAGGUUAUGAAGAAAUGGAUUGCCGGCAAGAUAUCAGAGAUCCUUGGCAGCGAAGACGACGUCGUUAUUGAGCUGUGCUUUAAUCUCAUCGAUACCCGCUUUCCCGACAUCAAGAAGAUGCAGAUCCAGCUCACAGGUUUUCUCGAGAAAGACACUGCGAGCUUCUGCAAGGACCUUUGGAAGCUGUGUCUGAGUGCCCAGACCAAUCCGCAAGGAGUCCCUAAGGAGUUGCUCGAGGCGAAGAAACUAGAGCUUAUUCAAGAAAAGAUUGAAGCAGAAAAAGCUGCCGAAGAAGCCCGUCGCCGCCGAGAAGAAGAGCAAACCCGAGAACGGGAGGUCAAUGCAAUCCGGAAUCGCGAGCGCGGUGAACGCGGCCGGGGUGGUGGAAGGGGAGAUAGCUGGCGCGGCGGUCGAGGUGGUAGAGGAGAUGAUAGAAACAGGGCUUUCGACCGCCGGGGACCACGUUACUCUGUAUCACCUCCAAGACGCAGACAUGACUCUAGAGAUCGUGCAUUCCGAAGAUCCCCACUUAGAGAGGCCGAUACCUAUGUUCCUCGUGGACGUGGACCGAGACGAGAUGACAGGAGAGAUGAUAGACGAAGAUUGUCGGUGUCCAGAUCGCCAUCACCCAGACGUUCGGUAUCCGUGUCUCGGUCUCGCUCUCCACCACGACGCCGUUACCGCUCAUCCUCAAGAUCCCAAUCACCUCCUCGCAGGCGCAGGUCUAGGUCUAGAUCCCCCGAUAGACAAAAUUAUAGAGGGCGCGGCGGAAGAGGAAGAGGAAGGAGCCCUGACCGUGGACAUCGCCGUAGAAGAUCACUCACUCCUGAAGAUGCUUCUCUCUCACGCUCCCCGCGGCCACGAAAGAGACGACGCUCCGUGUCCGAGUCGAGCAGUCGGUCGCCCCCACCUAGAAGAUCCCGUCAUCGGCGGAAUACCAGCUCUGUAUCAAAGUACAGAUCACGAUCCAGGUCCAGAUCCAGGUCCAUUUCUAGGGAUAGAUUGAGGUCCAAAUCAAUGUCAAGAUCAAGGUCUAGAUCUAGGUCUAUCACUCCAUCGAGAUCAAUUUCCGCCUCACGAUCCCCCAGCCGCACUCCUGUUCGUAGAGUUUCCCGCAGUGUUUCUCCCGAUAGGAUUCGGGCGAGGGCAUCGCGAACACCUGAUGAUGUCCAGACACGUGCUCGUGGAGGUCGUGAACGUGAUGAACGACGGCUAACUCGAAGCUACAGCCGAAGCGUCACGCCCCCCAGACGUCGCCGCCGUAGUUCAACUAGGAGUGCGAGCGGGGACCAACGAGAUCGGAAACGUCGUCGGUCCUUGGAGAGAUAUGAACCCUCUAGCAAGAGGCGACGGAAUACUUCUUCGGUCGCGUCACCAGCUGAUACAAGAAAGCGGAGAGCUGAUACUGAAGGUACAAGCGACAGGGACUCCCCACCACGAGACGUUCGAGAAGCCAAGCAUGAUGGACCUACUGCGCCCGACGAGGUUGGUAGCGUUCACAACACUUGA